AUGACUUUUUGGGCGCCAUCUACAUUCUUGGAGUUGCUAAAAAUAUUUGGUGAGAUAAAUCCUGAGAUUGGAAAUAAAAUUAAGUAUGGAAGGCUGCACAUAUUAUUAAGUGAUGAAUUUGCUUCUAGUAUUAAUAUAUUUCCUUCAGCACCAUUAUCAAAAUUUUCAACAACUGGCCCUCCUUUACCGCCCAAAUUUACUAGUCAACAACCAAUUUUAUUAUCCGAUUUUUCUGAUCAACCUGAUCCUAAUGCAUCUGCAUUUUAUGAACAAAAUCCACAAUAUCAAUAA